AUGGGCGGGAUGGGCGUCGUGGUGGCCAAGGCGAUAUUGCAGUCCGGAGCCGACGUGAUUGCCAUUGAUCGCGACGCGGAGCCAAAGCCUUCUCACAUGGAGGACCUAGAAACCACCGCCUCGAGCAGCGGGACCAUCGUGAGCUACCACGCCUGCGACAUCUCAAACCUCGAAUCCACCGCUGCUGUUUUCGAACACGCCGUCUCGUCGGCUCGAUACCCUCUGCGCGGACUGGUCAACUGCGCCGCCAUCGGCUGGAUUGGUCCGUCGAUCAGUUUCCCCGUCGAGGACGCGAAGCGGAUUAUCGAGGUCAACCUCAUUGGCACGCUGGUAUGCGCGCAGGCCGCGGCGCAGCUGGUCAGGAAACAGGGACGUGGCUUGUCGGCGAGUUUUGUCUUUAUCGCGAGUAUGAGCGGGUAUGUGGUUAAUAAGGGCACGCCCAACGCCGCCUACGCGGCCUCCAAAGCCGGCGUGCACCAACUCACGCGCAACCUCGCGUCUGAAUGGGGCCACUCCCCUUCCUCCUCCAAGGCCACUGGUGCCAUUGCCGGCGGGGACCCAUCAUUAUGCCCCUCGAUCCGCGUCAACAGCGUCAGCCCCGGCGUGAUCCGCACCCCAAUGACAGCGGGCCUGCUCGCGAACAGCGCCUUCGAACACCUGUGGACCGAGGAGACGAUGCUCAAGCGCCUGUCCACCCCGGAGGACUACAGGGGCCCGGUUGUUUUCUUAUUGUCCGACGCCAGCGCGUACGUCACUGGCGCGGAUCUCUUGGUCGAUGGCGGGUAUACGGGCUGGUGA